AUGGUGGCCCACCUGUCAGCCCACUGCUCCAAGCUGCAGCGACUCUCCCUGCACGACAGCGCCGCCGCCGCCGCCGCCGCCGCGCGGGCGUCGCAGGCCCCCCGCGCCCGCGCAGUCAACUGGGCGCCGCUCGCCGCGCUGCCCUGCCUCAGCUCCCUCGACCUGCUAGGCGCCCCCGCGCACGCGGCCGGGGCCGCGGCCGCGCUCGCGGGCGCGCGGGCGCGGCUCAAGCACCUGCGGCUCGAGGCGCGGGGCGUCGCCGAGGAGGAUGCGGACGCCAUCACGCGCGGCGCGUGCGCGCUGCCGGUCCUGUCUUGGCUGUCGCUGAGCCUGUUGAUCCAGGUGCGCCGCCCUUUCAAGCCAGACGACCCCGAGGAUGACCCCGCCUGCCGCCUGCGCGCGCGGCUGCUGCGGGGGCUGCCGCACACGGCUAUGGAUCUGGACCUCUCCACUUGGCUUGGCAACUGGGAGGGGAGGGAGGAAGGCUGGGCGGAGUGA